AAAUAUCAGCAACUCAUGUCAUCCCCAGGAACGGAGCAUCGUAUAUAUUCCUUUUCUUACCAAGUGUUUGGAUGUAGUCUUCAUCCCAGCUUCCUUCAACGUAUUUAACCAUUAGGCUGGUUUUCCCGAUCUGCGCAUCUCCAACCAUUCCAACUUUUAUAACGACGCUAUUCUUAUUGGGAGUAGACUGUUGUUGCUGCGGCUGUCUCUGCUCCCGACUUUGGUCGUGGUAGGACUGCGAGUAUCCGUAUCGGUCACCUCCACCUGACAGCCCUGAGCUAGGUCGCGAACUCGGCUGGGAAGAUUGGACAGUUUGGGCAGGCUGUUGAAAAGGCAUGGUUGGAGAGUGAUGCUGCUGGGGGGACUCGAUAUCUUGUGGUACGAACGUUUGGCUGGAAGUGGGGUAGUCGAGAGAGUUUGAGGAAUGGUCGUCGGCUCGGUGACCGUUGCUGUAGCCAUUGUUAUUAUUGUACGAGGGUGAGCUGGCUACUGCUUCUUCUGCGGCUGCUGGCAUGUUCUGUUCUUGUUGGACGGUUUGUUCCGGGAAUUGAUCAGGAACCGGCUGAGGGGACAGCUCGGUGGUCUUGUCAGCAACAGGAUCCUGAGCCGGAACUCGAUUCGGUUCCUGUUCGACAGGGACCUCCUGCUCCUGCACACGCAAUUUAUCCACCUCCAUCGGUAGGUUGUCCAUUGUUCCCCAACGGCCAGUACCAAAUAUCAGUCUCAGUCAGAGCAAUCUCAAAGAGCGUAAACGGUGAACGAGGCAGGGCUGGAAUUGAAUAAGCGAUGAGCUUGAAUCUCUAAAACUUCAAAGAAAAUUGUCGAAUAUCUUCAUGGAGUGCGAUUGCAAUUCCGCUGAUCUAAGCCUGCAUGAAGCAGUUGAGCAGGUCCGUCAGAGUUCCCGUCAAAUGAGAGUACUAGUGGUUGCUGGGAGCUAUAUAUACGAAAUCCGGGGAGGUUAGUAGUUCGGAUUGGAAGCUUGGAGACAAAGCUCGUGGGUCGUUGAGCCGACGGGUAAUUAAACGCGACCAGGCCUGAGCCGAACAGUGCCAAAACGAUCGAAAAGCGAAAUAGAGAUCCGUAGGCGGCCACAGCUGGAAAUGACGGAAAAUUUCUAACCAACGGGGGUCUCUCGCAAGUUCGCAACGAGCGAUCAACGCAGCCAGGAUGUCGUCAACAAUGGCUGGAGAUUCUCUCUCAUACAAGGUUGGGAGCGGGUUUGGGCUGUGUUCCCAGAACGGACUAGCGUGGCCCGCGUCCCGCCCAAGAAAAAGUUUCUUAUCAAAUCAGAAAAUCGACAGGAACAAAAAAAUAUUUAAAAUCUUCUAAGAAACAAGCUACACCUCCGCCAACAAACCCCACCAACAACGCCUUUUUUUAUACCUAAUAAAUACUUAAUCUCAAACUUGUGAACACCCGCAAAAUGUCGAAACGCGGGGUGGAUGCGACAGACGAUCUGUCCGCGCCAUUGAAAGCUGGCGAGCGCCCUGUGGCAGAUGCCCCGCCUGAUGAAGUGGGGGAAUUCGAGGACGAGUUUGAGGAUGAGUUCGAGAGUGAAGAUGAGAUCCUCGAGGCUGGCGUUGACGGGCGCCCAGAUGCAGAAAGAGAAGCAGAGGAGCAAAGGGAUGCCAUGGAUGUCGAUAAGCAGACGUUUAUACCGGGGCGAACAAAACUGGCUCCCGGGGAGACAUUAUAUCCAGACCCUACCACUUAUGAAAUGCUUCACACCCUCAGCACGCCGUGGCCGUGCCUCUCAUUCGAUAUAAUAAAAGAUGGAUUGGGUGAUAACCGGAAAACAUACCCGGCCACAGUAUAUGCUGUAGCUGGGACACAAGCAGACAGGCUUCGUUCGAAAGAGAACGAAUUGAUGGUUCUCAAAUUGAGCGGGCUCAGCAGGAUGGAGCGAGAAAACGACUCGGGCAGCGACGACGAGUCUGACGACGAAUCUUCAGAGCCCAUUCUCGAAUCAAAAUCCAUUCCCCUGAGCCACACAACGAACAGAAUCCGCGCCCAUCAGACUCCCUCUCCCUCCGGAGACUACUCCAAACCACCGCAGACCAUUACCGCAUCGAUGCUUGAGAAUGCUCAUGUUGUCAUCCACGACGUCACACCUUAUCUUUCCACAUUUGAUAACCCCGGCUCAAUCAUCCCUCCCUCUGCCUCAAAACCCCUAUCUACUCUACGAAUGCACAAAUCGGAGGGUUACGGCGUAGACUGGUCCUCCCUCCACCCCCUAGGCAAACUCCUUACCGGUGAUAAUGACGGGUUAAUAUACGCCACAACUCGCACCGAGGGAGGCGGCUGGGUGACUGACACACGUCCGUUCAUCGGACAUACCUCCGCUGUCGAAGAGCUCCAAUGGUCUCCAAACGAGCGCAACGUGUUCGCAUCCGCCAGCAGCGAUGGAAGCGUCAAGGUAUGGGACGUCCGAUCCAAGUCGCGCAAACCAGCCGUAGACGUCAAGAUAUCCAACACAGACGUGAACGUGAUGAGUUGGUCGCGGCAGACGUUCCAUCUCCUGGCCACGGGCGCCGACGAUGGGCAGUGGGGGGUAUGGGAUCUGCGACAUUGGAAGCCCAAUACAUCAGGCGGCGCCUCCCAGCUCAAACCGAAGGCUGUGGCGUCCUUUGACUUCCACAAGGAGCCUGUGACGAGUAUAGAAUGGCACCCGUCAGAUGACAGUGUAAUUGCGGUUUCGUCUGCGGAUAAUACGCUGACGCUGUGGGAUCUUGCUGUCGAGCUCGAUGAUGAGGAAAGCCGCGAUCCUGCUGGCCUUGCUGAUGUCCCGCCUCAGCUACUCUUUGUGCAUUACAUGGAAUCAGUGAAGGAACUGCAUUGGCAGGCGCAAAUGCCCGGGACCAUUAUGGCGACUGGGAGUGGUGGAUUCGGUGUAUUCAAAACCAUCAGUGUUUAGGUGAUUUAGGCUUUGGGGAAAGGUUCUUGGGACAUAUAUUGGCACCGGAAACUACACACAAAAUGAAAAUUGCAUAUAUCAUCGGGUCACACACAAAGUAUAAUCCAUUGUUUAUUUCCCGUAGAUCUCUUUCUCCUUUUCCCCAUUAAAUGAGCCAUUAAUGAAUAAUGAAUGAAACUUUAUGAUAUAUAUUGAUACACUUUAGGCCUGCCCCUAUAACUACAAUUUUCCAUUGUCCAAAAGGUAUAUAUAUCCAUGCUAGCUUAUCCGUGCGGGACUGAACAACACCUUAAAUCAACCAACCUAAAGGAAAAAAGAUAUACUGCUAACUAUUCCUUUUCUAUUUCCGAUACAACCCGCAGAGACCGAAAAAGUAAUUUCUACAAAUAGGGUUAAUGUAUAUAUAUAUAUAUGUGUGUGUGUUGUGUGUGUAUGUGUGUGUGUGUGAAUUGAGGAUCGAUCCCGGCAGAAUCAAAUGCCACAAAUUGGGGAAGCUCUCACUCAUUUAGCAUCACUGCUAGGAUACUAGCUCGGCCAUAGAUAUCAAGAAAUAUAUCCUAGUUAUAGUUGAAUUCAUGCAUUUGUCACAGUC